GCUACAAGCGCCAGGCGUGCGUUUCUCUUCCUCGUGCUUGCCGGAUUAUAGUCCGGUAGAAGAGAAUGUGCGAUCCUGGAGAUUAGGACGCGUCUGAGCAAUACUAACAGUUUCUGCGGUGCCACCGCUCGUUACCGGAGUGUCCCGACUCAUGGAUUAAAUGUAACUUUAAGUUGAAGGAUUAUUUGGAAAAGUGAACUGAGAACAUGAAAGCUUUGAUUGUCAGUAUGCUAUUGUUUGCAGGUUUGCUCAAAGAGUGCAUUUCAGUACGUUUUGCGUACUUGGGCGUACCAGGGUUCGUACUAAAGGGAGAACCUGUAUGGUUGGACUGUGGAUACGACUUAGAAGGAGACGAACUAUACUCUGUCAAAUGGUACAAAGACAAUGUUGAGUUCUACAGAUAUCUUCCCGGUGAUUCACCUUCCGCCCAAACGUAUAAAUUAGAUGGAGUUUUAAUCGAUUCACACAAUUCCAAUGCAACACACGCUUAUCUAUAUAAAAGUGUAAUGGAAACAGAAGGUAUGUAUGGAUGUGAAGUUUCCACAGAAGUACCUUCCUUCCGAACAAUCAAAGCAGAGAAGGAGCUUUAUGUAUACGUGAUACCUGAAGGUGACCCUACGCUAUUUGGUGUGCUGAACAGAUACCCUAUUGGAUCGGAAGUGAAUGUGACGUGUAUUUUCGGGCCAUCCAAACCAGUGGCAGAAUUGGCGUGGUACAUCAACGGGGACAAGGCACCAGCAGCCUAUGUCCGACACAAGAUUAUAGAAAUUAAUCAAAAUAACCUGGAAACUAGCGAAUCUCGUCUUGUCUUCAUCGUAGACCCCAGUCAUUUAAGGCAAGGAACUCUUAGCAUUCAGUGCACGGCGUCUGUAUCUUUAGUGUAUUCAAAAAGCAGCAGAGAGCUCAUAGUUACUGAUGGAAUAUCGGGAGCUGAAUUUCAGCAUGUGCCUCACGUUCCCCCAGGACUUGAAGGACCCAGUAUUACAGGAAGCGUUUCUCGAUACUAUGUAGGCGACACAGUAGAUGUAAACUGCUCUUCUGCCAGGUCUUUGGAACCUGCCCAACUACAGUGGUUUGUCAAUGACAAUGAGGUGAAACCCGAAUUCCUGUCUCAGUAUACACCGACAAUAUAUCCGGACGGCUUAUCAUCGACGAAACUUGGUCUCCGAUUUCGAGUUCAAGAAGACCACUUCAGAUCUGAGGAGAUGAGACUUAAAUGCACCGCUACUUUGGCCAAAAUAAUUAAAAUGACAACUGUGGAGACAAUCGCAGUAGGACCCCAAAGGACUUCUAAUCCCCAAGUAUCGGAAAACUCUGCAGCAGGUUUCAGUUACAUUGGAAACACACUCAUUGAAAGCUCGGCCAUCGUGACGUGUUUGCUAUUCACUUAUUUCAGCUGACCGGGAUUUUCCGAAAAAAAUAAAGUAUUUGUGGCAUCCUUUUUCAAAGUGACUCCAGCCUCAUCAUCGUAUUUUCGAGGAGAAACGAGAAAUCAGUCAAUCUGAUUGUAUAUAGUAUAGUGUUUUUCUUGAACGGGACUUCUAUCUAACUGCGAAGGACAAAUCGUGUAAAGAAAAAUUUACUGACUAAGCAUUGGCGUUUUCCUCCAUUCUUAUAAAUGCUUCGUGAAUUCUGCGAAGGAAAAUAAUUUCUGGAAAAUUCUGUUGCUGCAUUCUUUGUAUCUUGAUUACGUCUGUAUUGUGCACCCAUUACAUAAAAUGUAUUUUGAAAUUUCA